AUGAAAUGGUUAUUGAAUUUCGCCGGUAAAAUUUGGAUAAAAAUGUUGGACUGGAUCGGUGGAAUUUGGAAAGGAUUGAUGGCAAGGGUCGGUAUAAUCUGGAAAGAACUGAAAGCAUUAGCGGAAUGGGUUUUUGUAACCAUGAUGUGGGCAGAUGAAUAUGUGUACGAAAGAAGUUUGUGGUUGAUUGAAUGGUAUUCGAACAAUACUAAACGGCUGACGGAGCUGACCUGGAACGGAAUGGAAUGGAUAAGGGAUCAAAUUGAAUGGUUGGUCGGUGUCUCAAAGGAAAAUGCAACAUGGUUAGUUGAGAACGCAUGGAGUGGAUCGAAUCGGUUGGCCGAGUGGGCAUGGAGAGAAGUGAAACGGCUAGCGGACUGGUCAUGGAAAGCAAUUAAAAGGAACUGUAAACCUCUUGAACCUGCACUCGAAUACGUUUUGGAGACAGUUGAAGUUGCCAUCAAGUUUUACAAGCAAUAUGUACACAGUGAGUAGAAAGCGUUAUGGGAAAUACCCCUAGGAUUUCUGUGAAUACCCCCUGAAAUAUUCCUGUAUUAUCCGAAAAAAAGGAAAGUCAACUCGAUUUUUUUAAUAUUUCUCUCGUGUUCUUUUCUGUUCGUUUACCAACAGAACAUUUGCUGGGUAUUCAAACCCACAUUAAGUUCUCGACCUGGCGUGAAACUGGUUAUACGGUCUCAACAGUAUUGGCUAUGAACUUUGUUGUGUUCGCCGUUUACAAGUUGAUUUCGUGGCCUGUAAAGUCGAUCUGGCGAAGAUGGUGAGUAGAAGAAGGGAAAAAUCAACGAAAACUUUGCUUAAGAUAUCAAAACACACCCAUAGAUUGUAGGCAACUCUUUCGACAAACCACUAGUUCUACCUUCUUAAACAAAUGAGCGCUUGUAAGUCGACUUUUAACAAAUUUUCCCCAUACUUUACCUUCAUCUGUAAACUUUAAAAGAGCAAUUUUUCAUCGGUUUUUUGCACUUUUCACUAAACUCAACAACAGGUUCAGUCACUUGCCUCUACGUUUUUGUUUUUUUUUUAUUUCGCAAUUUUCUAAAUGCUGGGGGGAGGGGGGAAGGUUUGUCGGCGGAUUAUUCUGGUUAUGUCACGAUAAAAUUUACCUGAUGCCCCUAUAAGGUUUUUUAUUAUUCGCAUGACCCCCCUCCCUCCCCCCUCACUGGCAGUUAACUGACAACUAAUUUUCUAUAUUCUCCCCCUAAAAACUGUUUUACCCUCCCAAUCCUCCACCUCCCCCCCUCCCACCUCAGGCGAUACAUAAUUACUGUUCCCUGAAACCCCUGGGUUUGCUUAAUUUGCUUGCUGCAAUUUUUCCUUUCAGGCAAGCUUACAAAGAAUGGAAAGAAGCUGAAGAGGCUUCAUGGAGAUUACCACCCAGACGUCAGCCUCAGUCAAACAAACGAGUUUGGGAGAACCCCAAAAAGAAAAAGCUAUACAGGAAGAAAAAUUGA